GUUCAAGCCGUAGGAACGAUCAUGGCUAUGAAUGAGGCGAAACUCGAUAUGUACGAGGAUGGGUUGUCAGCGAUAGAUCCCCAGCAUGUGCAAGGCGAUAUGACCAUUGGCCCAAAUUUAAGAAGUCAGGCAUCGCUGGGAGAGCCAGACUUCAAUACACUAGACGAGCCAAUAAAAGAUACAAUUCUAAGAGAUGUACGAGCGGUUGGAAGAAAGUUUUAUCAUGUUUUAUAUCCUAAGGAGAGAAACAGUUUACUUAAAGAAUGGGACUUAUGGGGGCCGUUGGUACUUUGUACAUUUAUGGCUAUGAUAUUGCAAGGGUCUUCCGAUGUAGCAAAUAAUUCAAACGACGGUGGUCCUGAAUUUGCCGAAGUUUUUGUAAUAGUGUGGAUUGGUUCUAUGGUGGUAACAUUAAAUAGUAAAUUGCUUGGUGGCAAAAUAUCGUUCUUCCAAAGCGUUUGUGUCCUGGGAUAUUGUUUACUACCAACGGCAAUUGCAUUAAUUAUUUGUCGAAUUAUAUUGCUAGCCAGUCAAACUGUUUAUCUAUUUACAAUUCGUUUUCUCAUUACAACAACUGGAUUGCUAUGGGCUAUCUAUGCAUCGACGACUUUUCUCGGCGAUACCCAAGUACCAGAAAGGAGAGCUCUGACGGUUUAUCCGAUAUUUUUGUUUUAUUUUAUAAUUUCAUGGUUGGUAAUAUCCCAUACUUCCUAAGAUUUAAUGGAGUAAAGGCAACGAUGAAUUGUACAACUUAGCACAAAAUUGUAAAAAACAUUAUGCGUACGGGCAUAAAGUUAAUUAUUAAAAAAUCAAUACGAAGUAGCAGCAGUGCGUCAUUACACAUGUUUGAAAAUCAAGAUAGCAAUUUUAAUAAGAAAGUGCUAUAAUGUCAUCUUAUCAAAUACUAUUGUGUUUGUAAGACUGGUUUGCGAGAAAUUGCAAAAAUAUGUGAUGAUAGAUUUAUUUUAUAUUUGUAUGCAACAAAUAGUAUGCUAUGGCAUUUAUUUUUCUUUGAAAGUUAAAAACAAGUAACUAGUUAAUGAUUUUACUAUUAGAAUCCAUUCGUGUACAUUGCACUUGCCUCAGAUGGUCUGUACAUUGUACGUAUUAAUUCAUAAGAACGGUGAUAAGUGAGUAAGGAGAAUAAAUUGUUAUAGAAAUGUUUUAUCAAUCUGAU